CAUCAAGAGUGCUUCAGGUUUCUCGUAGUUGUUUUUUUGUUUUUAGAGGAUCGACAUACAGGAUGAAACUUCUACUUCUGGUGGUUUUGGCGUUUUGCUGUUACUCAGCAACCUAUGGAAAACGGAUCAAGAAGACUCAGAAGGAUCUUGGGACGAUUCAGAAGGAUGAGAAACACCAAACUGUCAAAACCAAGAAGGGCCAGCAACACCAGAAAGCCAUCAUUGCGAUCGAGAUUAUAGAUUCGAACGACAAUUCCACGAAGACAGGAAGCGGUCGUAAGAGGACUAUUGAAUCAUCGUUAGGAUACGGCUAUCAGAGCUUCUUUGGAGUUCAACAGAGGCCGCCCAAGUAUGAAGUUUACAAGUACUCGCAGCAGGACCUCUUCCAAGGACACAAAGGUGCCCAGCAGGAGCAAGUCUAUCACCAUCAGCAGCCAGCGCAACAACAGCAGCAACAAGCUUUCGAUAUCCAGAAAUCAGUUCAGUACGAUUUGGGCACCACAGUUCAGCAUUACGAAGCGCCCAAGCAGCAACAACAGCAGCAGCAGAAUCUGAACCAAUAUUACCAACAUGGCACUACGCUCUUCUCCAGUUUGGAUCAGAACGGUCACGUCAGCCAGUUAAGUUCGGAAGCGCCGCAGCAUCAAGGCAACUCUAUGGUUCCAGUUAUCGUCUUAAGAGUGUACACUAACCAAUUGAAUCAAGGCGGCGAGCUGCAUCCCAACAUUCCGCAAAACCAUCCUUACUCUAGCUUAAGGUCGGUCGAUCUGCAGAAUCUUCUCUCUGGUUACGCGCAGCAACAACAGCAGCAACAGCAUCCACAGCAACAUGAACAGCAGCAUUACCAAGAAGAACCACAGCAUCAACAGUACCAACAACAACCGCAACAAUACCAACAGUAUCAGCAAUCCCAACAGUACCAGCAAUCCCAACAAUAUCAACAACCUCAACAGUAUCAACAACAAGAAUAUCAGCCGCAAUAUUACCAACAACCGCAACAAGUUUAUUACCAACAACCCAAUGACGGUUUGUUGACUCACGAGAAUUACCCUAGCAACGAUCAUACGAAAGUCAUUUUCACGAAACAACCGAAUAAGGAGACGCCUCAGAUCCCGCAGCUGCCUAAAAAAUUCAAAAUAACCAUCCCUGAAAACACUUUCAGCAAGGUCGAAGUGCAAGAGCACACCUACGAGCAGAACCAAGAUCAAAAUCAGCAACUGUACUAUUAUCCUCAACCAGCGCAACCAUUCUACGAACAACCCCAACAAUAUCAAUACCAAUAUUAUCAAAACUACCCGGACCCGAGUCAAUAUUACCAACAGCAGCAAUACCAAUACGAAGAGACGCAAAAUCCUCCGCAAUACACUUACGAGCAGAACCAACAGCCCGCCCCUGUGGAGGAAGCGCAGCACAGCGAAAGCAGCGAUCAGAAUCUUCAUAAAUCCUCGAAGGAUUUAGGCCGUGAUCUUCAUUCGAAACUGUACAACUACCAUGCGCAUGGACCGAGCACCACUGAGAAGAAGACGUCUAACAAGAGGAUGACCAGAAAGAGGCCCGCUGUUACAGUUGAACGAGAGCACAAAGAGUAA